AUGCCGUUCGCCGCCUCUUCAUCUCCUUAUAACGGUGGCGAAACUCCUUAUUUUCAAUCCAAAUUGGCGGAGAACUCAACCUCCUUCAGCGAUCCACGCCAUCGAUGCACCACGACCUUGUCUCCUCUAUCUCAAAUUCUCAACCUCCGUUCGUCCCAACAUUGUGACUCACAGUUUCGUCCGUCUUUCUCAACGUUGUCUCGACUAAUCUCCGCCGUUAUUGACAUAGAUCGCCGAGCUCAUGCUCAUCUCGCGCGGAUGUCUCAUGGCGCCUUACUUCCAUUGCAAAUCAUCCUCAAACCAAGGGAUUCACCGAUCAUGACGAUGAGUGAGAAUUCGCGUGCAGAAAGUGAUGAAGAUGCGUGA